UUGUGCGCACACAUGCACUCUCGUCCUCUCUCUUUCUCUCCAAUGCACACGUUUCGUGCAAGCUACAAAGCAGCUGACCCUACAACAAAAGCUGCACACUGCACAGAGGAGAGUGGGGUGAAAGGAGAAGAGAAGUGACAGCUCUUAGUCAGUUAGCAGUGUGUGUGUGACUAACUCUCCUGGAAAAAGUCUGCAUGACAGGCGCAGUGGGAGGACAAGACAACAACUACAAGACAAAAAGGAAAACACUUGGAACAACAAAGCAAGGGUAGGAAUGCUGCCGGACGUAGUCAACAACGAGUGAAGGAGUUAAGUUUGCACAGACAGAUCCAUGGAGACAAGAAGCUGCAGGCUGUACUCUGUGAAAAGCUCUUCUUUGCCCAAUUUCUAAAAAGCUCAUACAAGAGUUAGCGGUGCCGUUUCACCAUUUUUAAGGACAGCGUGCUGUGAGUGCCAUGCCUCUGUUCAGCUGGAUGAAAUGGUCACAUGAGACAAAAGUGCAGGCUCAAGAUGAAACACCAUCUCUCAAAAUCUCGGGGGGGUUACCGAGCCGCACGCUGAUCACAGAGCUCCUGUGGCAUGUGGAAGAGCGCGAGCGGCUGGCGAGAGAACUGGAGCGUGAGCACAGGCUGGCCCACAGCGCUUUGGGUCUCCACUGGUUUCAGAAGUACCCUCGGUUACGGACCCUCAUCCCUUCAUCAGAACUACAACAGCUGGAGUUCCUGUGUGCCCAGAUCCCACCUAUCCAAGCAGCCACCGUCCUUUCCAGGUUUCGUGAGGUGCUUGCCACUAACAACAUACGACCCUGGGAGCUGGCGUCUGUCUUUAAGCAAAUACUGAAGGACUUCCUGAGCCAAAAGAGAUACGACGAAGAGGACGACCUCUUGGUACGGCCGGUGCAGUUCCAACCCAUGGAGGCUUGGACCAGCCGGUACAAAAUGAAGCAGGGCUUUGUCACACCCACAGUCCCAAACUGUGGAGACCAUCCAAGAGAAGAGAUCCCAACAGUCUCUGGAUACGUGGACCGGGUCAUGCGGCACUCUGGUUCAUUCACAGCCAACAGGGACUGGGACCUUCCAUAUUACUAUCCAGUACCUCUCAGGCCUAAAGGUGCUUACAGCACCACACUGUGAGAGGACACACUCCCUAAACAUCUGGAAAAGCAAUUUUCACAUGAACAGCAUGGAGACAAAAUGGCAAUACAUGUAUUAGAUAGAGAUAUUUCAUAGCUUUAUUAAAAUGUGAAACAGCACUAGGCUAGGUGGUAUAUGUAGGCAAAUGUUUAAUGGCAAUAACUAGUUCUUAUCCCUACGUUAGAGACUGAAUUGUUUAUGUACUCCUCAUUAUAAACUCUCAAUUAGACUUUGUACAGUAGGGGAUGCAUUUCAGAAAAGAGUGAUUUUAUUAGUAAAAGCACAAGAUGCCUUUUGGCUUUUGAUUCUUUAAAAUUACUAAAUUAAGUGUGUCUGUUCAUUUGUGACAGCUCACCAAGAGAUGGAAAUGCAGGAUUUUUCCUAGCUCAAAAUGUCCAGUUUCUGGGGUGCCUACCCAUGGAAAAACCAUGACUGAUUCGCUUACAGUUAAUGCAAAGAUACAAAGAGUCCAUGUUACAGUACUUACAGAAGUCAGUCAAUUUUCCUGUUAAUUUUGGCUCUUCGACAGACAAAAAUAUAUUUUAGGUUGAUCAAAUUAAACCUCACAAAAAAAACCAAAAACCAAAAACAAAAAAGUGAUUUUUCUUCCAAAGGCCAAAAUCUCCUGGGGCAGCAAACAUUUCUAUAUGCAGAAAAAACCUUGGAAAUGCGAUUGUUUAAUGUAAAUGUCUUAGAUUGAAAAAUUAAAACAUUUUAAUAUUUAAAAAAGAUUAUAGAGAUUAGGGAAAACAAAAUCUAAUUUGAGCAGGACAUUUGUUUUUGUUUUUUUUUGUUGUUUAUAACAUUUGACUCCUUAAGUGUGACCUAAAUGCCUCAGCAAACAACAGCUACUGCUCUGCACUAUGUUUAAGGGACCCUUCGGGAACUUGGCUGCAGUAGGGAAACCAAGGGGAUGACUAAGGUCAACUAGUGAACUUUGCUUAAGAAGGUUCCUAACUGAGUGAAAUGACCUAGAAGUAUCUGCACGGUACAUAUAUAGUACAUAGAUAUACUACGCUUCUUUCACCCGUUAUGAAAGAAGGUCAUCAAAACCAAUCAACUACCAUGGAUCAGCAUGUAAAUGGUAAUCAAUAGUAUGUUUUCCAUUUCUCUGAACAUUAUGCUGUUGGCAAAAUAAAACUGUGAUUAUGAUGAAGUUGUUGCCUUGUGUGAAGAAUGUAGAUUUAUACAUUUAAAAAAAAACAAAAAAAAACAUAAAGAUAACGAGCAAUACUACAGUGAUUAAAGUGGAAGAGAAAACAUGAGUGGCAAAGACAAUAUUUUUCACCGGUUGGUCUUUUGGAUGACCUGCAUCAAACAGAAUGGUAGGAGCACCUGGGGAUUUCUGUAGUCCAUUUACAAGAAUAGUCUGCAUUUGCUUGGUUGAUUUUGGAGUUUGUGAACUUCA